AUGAUGUACAACAUGAUCAUGAACAUCCAAAGUGAGAUCUCUCACGAGACCCAAUUCUGUAUGCUCCGUUCCCGUGACAUGAUGAUGAACAUGUACGCCACCUCCGGAAAGAGCAACUACCGUGCCAAGCGUGCCUGGCAAUUCGGAUCCUGGGUUCAAGACUCGGGAGUCGGAGGAGGAGCCGGAGGAUAUGGAAGUGGACCAGCUGACUCUGGAUACGGAGCCCAGGGAACCAACAAUGGAUACGGACCAGUUGUCAAUGCAGAGCCAGAGCCACAAUGCUGCACUUGCCAACAAGGAAAGGCUGGACCACCAGGACCACCAGGAGAUGAUGGACAUGACGGAAAGGACGGAUCUGCUGGAGCUGAUGCUAAGAACGGAAAGGACGGAGGAGUCGGACCAUCCGAUGGACUUCAAUCUGAGCCAUGCGUCAUCUGCCCACCAGGAGCUCAAGGACUCGGAGGAGCUCCAGGAGCCAAGGGACCACAAGGACCACGUGGAUCACCAGGACUUUCCGGAGUCGACGGAAGACGAGGAGAGCCAGGAAUCUGGAACCCAAGGAGAGCCAGGACCACAAGGACCACCAGGAAAGAAGGGCGACGAUGGACGUGUCUCAAUGUAAACGGACCACCAGGACCACCAGGAGCCCCAGGACCACAAGGACGCAAGGGAGAGCGUGGACCAAAGGGAGUGCCAGGAUCCGUUCAUCCAGGAGUUCAAGGACCAACUGGAGACCAAGGAAGAAAGGGAAGAGCCGGAAGAAAGGGAGAGACUGGAGGACAAGGACCAAUUGGAUCCAAGGGACCAAAUGGAGACUGCUUCCACUGCCCAACCCCAAGAACUCCACCAGGUUAUUAA